UGAAUAAUUUCCAAUAUCCUUUUCUAUAAUAUUCGCCAGAGUUACUAGGAACAGAAACUUCCCAAUUACCAGAAUGUUCUUUCCUCCUUACCUUUCAAGUAUGCAUCAUUUGGAAGAGAUGGAAGUAAGAAAUUGGAAAUACAAGAACUAGGAAGGAAAAACAUUCACAAGUGUAGACAUUUUACUAAGAAAGCAGCCAACAUAUGCAGAGCCAGAUCACAAAAUGAACUUAUUAUUUUCUAAUGAAACUAAUAUUAAGAUAAACAUAUUUCACUGCAGAUCUGCCUUAAGACAAGAAGAAGAGAAGAGAAAAAAUGCCAACACAUUGUAUGAAAAAAUCAGGGGACACUUAAGAAGAAAAGAAGAGCAGUACAUGAAAGAAGUUGAAGCGAACAAACAACUUCAACUGACUCUGAGAACACGAGAUAUGGAAUUGAGGACAGUAAGAAAUAAUUUGAACCAGGUUGUACAAGAGCUGAGUGACACCCAGAGGCAACUUUCUCGAGAAAAGAAUGCCAGAAUAUUACAAGAUGAAAUCCUGACCAAUCACCUUUGCAAACAAAGGGAGAUAGCACUGGCUCGAAGGAAAAGGAAUUCUCAGAUGCUGCAGGAGUUUCAAGACAGUAUAACUGGAGAGCUACAAAAAGAUGCUGGUGAAUUUGAAUUGGAAUCAUAUGUGGUUCCUCAUCUAGGACCUACUAAUGAGUCAACUAUAAAUUAAGAUAUAGUUUGGAAAUAUUAAGAAAUAUGUAUUGAUUUUAACCAGAAAUAUCUGAAAGAUAGCAAAAUGUCAUUAUUGGUCUGUUUACCUGACAUUUUGCUUCCCAUUAUGUAUAUGACAUGUGAAAAUCUUUAUUAAAGGAAAAUAUUUUUGUAU